CCAACAGAAAUCGCUAGGUCUACAUCAAAACACUUCCUUGUAAUCCCACGUGACGUCUUGAGGACCACCUGACCUCAGUUCACUUCAGAAAAAGCCUUUGGUGUAAAUAUCUUAAAUGCAUUCAACCAACCUGAAGCUGCAAGAGAGCACAGACUGCAGAUACACCUGAGAGGGACUUGGACAGAGAGUAAUGGCCACAGAUGCAGUGAACGAGCUCCGCCAGCAGUGCCUCAACAGGGGCUCCGCGGGGAUCAAGGGUCUCGGGAGGACGUUCCGCAUUAUGGACGAUGACGGCAGUAAAUCUCUGGACUUCCAGGAGUUUCAGAAGGGGCUGGAGAACUACGGCGUGUCCGUGGGGAAGGACAAAGCACAACAGAUCUUUGCCAUGAUGGACAAGGAUGGAAGCGGCACCCUCAACUUUGACGAGUUUCUGGAGAAACUAAGGCCGCCCAUGUCGAGUGCGCGGAGGCAGGUGAUCGGUCAGGCUUUCCAGAAGCUUGAUAAGACAGGAGACGGUGUUGUGACUGUAGAAGAUCUGCAGGGUGUUUACAACAGCAAACAUCACCCCAAACACAAGAGCGGAGAGUGGACAGAAGAACAAGUCUUCCGCUCGUUCCUCGACAGCUUCGACUCUCCGUACGACAAGGAUGGAAAGGUGACGCUGGAGGAGUUUGUGAACUACUACAGUGGGGUCAGUGCUUCUAUUGACAGCGACGAGUAUUUCAUCACCAUGAUGAAGAACGCAUGGAAGCUGUAGUCAUCAUCGCUCACGGUUGCGCGCCCGCUCAAUCAAAUGCAUUCGUCAUUAGAAAAAACACUGAAAUAGUGCAGAUUGUAAACUAUUUACUUGUAGAAAUCAUGUCUAAUUAAAGGUUUUUGACUGCUACA